GAGCUUCUAUAAAAGAGAGCGAGGAAAGGGACAAAGGAAAUUCGUUUUGGUUCGUUCGUUUUCACAGGACAGGGAAGACAGCGAAAGCAGUUUUGUUCGCCCAGCAAAAGUUUUACUUGUUAGCGGUAGUGUUCUUUCUUAAAGGAGUGGAAUAUUCCCCGCCCGGGGUUUUAGGGUUCUUGAGUUUUUUGGUGGCGCCAUCGCCAUGGCAGGGUUGCUCAUGCGCAUUCACUGCGCGGCAGCUCCCCCGGCGAUCGCCACGGGGUAUCUCAAGUGCGGCGGCAGCAGCUCCCGGCGCGUCAGGCGGAUGGCCCGGCUCGCAUCUACCAGCGCGGCAGCCCAGGGCAUGGCGGAGAUUUCAAAGAAGGAAAAGGAGGCCGUUGUGACAGAGCGAGCUCCAGCUGCUCUUGGACCUUACUCACAAGCAAUCAAGGCCAACAAUCUCGUGUUCGUGUCAGGUGUACUGGGGCUCAUUCCCGAGACUGGAAAAUUUGUUUCUGACAGUGUCGAAGGACAGACCGAACAGGUACUCAAGAACAUGGGUGAGAUUCUGAAAGCUGCCGGUGUUAGCUACAAGUCUGUGGUGAAGACAACUAUCAUGCUGGCUGAUCUUGCGGACUUCAAGGCAGUGAAUGAGAUUUAUGCCAGAUUGAGAUACCGUGCGGCUUGUGCAGAUUUUCCAGCUCCAGCUCCUGCACGAUCCACGUAUCAAGUAGCUGCCUUGCCUUUAAAUGCCCGUAUUGAAAUCGAGUGCAUCGCUGCGCUGUGAUGUCGCUGGCAACCGGACCGAGUUUAAGACAAAGAAUUGCGUAGGGAAGAACCGGAACAACAAACGUUCGAUGCCAAAGUAGAAAAUGUAGAGAAGAAAAGCUCUUCAACGCUUACAAAUCGAGGAGAGAGACAUAAAACACGAUCCAAUAACGAUUGAGAGACCAAGGUGAGCGUAUUCUUUUGAUUCGUUGGAAUGCCGCUCGUUGGCAUUUGCAGUGCUAAGUAUUGACACUUUACACAAGGAAACUCAUCACUCCAAAUUCAAACAUUAUGUUUGGAGGCAAA